GAGUCAAACGUAUACGUUUGUACAUUGACCUAUUGUUCUUAUUACUAUGUCGUGUCGUGUCUGUUCUUAAACCCCAUCCAUCGAUAACUGAAACUAAGCAUGAGCUGUUUUUUCUUUUAUUGACUAAAAUACCCUCAAGUCAUUUUCGUUCUUCAGUUCUUCUUCUUCUUUUGAUUAAAGACCCCAUGAGAAGUUUAAAUUCUCACUGACCCAUUUGUUUUCUUGCAAUCUUUUGUAGAACCCUGAACCAAAGUUUGCAUCUUUCUCUUUAAAUUUUGUGUCUUUCUUUAAUUCUUUGGAGGGGUUUUUCAAAAGAAAGAAUCUUGAAAAAAUGGGUAUGGGCACAAGCACUUUCGUUAUCAGAUGGGUCAAUCUUCUUACAAUGCUAUUGGCUGUGGCAGUGAUAAUAUUUGGGGUGUGGAUGAGUACACACAAUGAUGGUUGCAGAAGGUCACUUACAUUUCCAGUCAUAGCUCUUGGUGGUUUCAUCUUCUUGAUAUCCAUAAUCGGAUUUCUUGGCGCGUGCAAGAGAAGUGUGGCGCUUCUUUGGAUUUAUCUUGCUGUCCUCCUGAUCGUUUUGAUCGCGAUUCUUGUCUUUACCGUACUAGCGUUCAUUGUAACAAACAAUGGUUCUGGCCAUACUAACCCUGGUUUAAGGUACAAAGAGUAUAAGCUGAAUGAUUACAGCUCAUGGUUUCUAAAACAGCUCAACAACACCAGUAACUGGAUAAGACUAAAGAGUUGUCUUGUUAAAUCCGAGCAAUGUAGGAAGCUUUCCAAGAAAUACAAGACCAUCAAACAAUUAAAAUCCGCAGAAUUAACCCCGAUAGAAGCUGGAUGUUGUCGACCACCAUCUGAGUGUGGUUAUCCUGCGGUGAAUGCUUCUUACUAUGACUUGAGCUUUCAUUCGAUAAGUUCUAACAAAGAUUGUAAGCUCUACAAGAAUUUGAGGACCAUCAAGUGCUACAAUUGUGAUUCUUGCAAAGCUGGAGUAGCUCAGUACAUGAAAACCGAGUGGCGACUUGUUGCGAUCUUCAAUGUGGUUCUGUUUGUUGUCUUGUCGAUGGUUUACUUUGUUGGAUGCUGCGCGAGAAGAAAUGCCGCUAGUUACCGAUCCAAAGCUUAGAAAUCGAAGCCCGGUUUAAAGAUUCUUCAAGUUUCAGAGAUAUCCCACGCUGCGUUGGUGAAUGCUUCCAAGAGAGACACAAGAGCAACAACUUCAUUCUUUUUACUGUGUAAUCAGUGUGUUUUUUGAAACAGAAGAAAUUAAAACAGGAAAAAAUUUGAUUGGAUUUACAAAAACUCAGCUUUUUGUUUGAGUAUUAUGGAAGUCAAUUUAUAAAUAAAUAAAAAACAGAUUUGAUGAGAUAA